UGAUAAGCCAUGUGACGUUUACUGAGAUAGUCAUAUUGGAGAAGAAAAUAUGUCGUCCGAUAGAAUCAACGUUUUCCCUUCAAGGAUGGCCUUGACCAUCAUGAAGGCAAGAUUAAAGGGAGCACAAAAGGGCCACAGUUUGCUGAAGAAGAAGGCAGAUGCAUUGACCCUGAGAUUCAGAAUGAUUCUUAAGAAAAUCAUUGAGACAAAAGUAAGGAUGGGAGAGGUGAUGAGGGAGGCAGCGUUUUCUCUUGCGGAGGCGAAGUUUACCUCUGGAGAUUUUGGACAUAUUGUUUUACAGAAUGUCAACAAAGCUCAGCUGAAAGUCCGAUCAAAGAAAGAAAAUGUGGCUGGUGUACAGCUGCCGGUGUUUGAACACUACUUAGAUGGCUCAGACAGUUAUGAGCUGACUGGUUUAUCAAGGGGUGGACAGCAAAUUGACAGACUUAAGAAAAACUAUGCCACAGCGAUCAAAUUACUUGUAGAACUUGCUUCCCUACAGACAUCUUUUGUAACCUUGGACGAGGUCAUAAAAAUUACAAACAGGAGAGUAAACGCCAUCGAACAUGUAAUUAUCCCCCGUAUUGAGCGUACACUUGCAUAUAUUACAACAGAACUGGAUGAGAGGGAGCGUGAAGAGUUUUACAGGUUGAAGAAGAUUCAGGAAAAGAAGAAGAAAAUGAAGGUUGCUGCUGAGGAAAAAUUGAGGGAACGGAAAGCAAGGGGGGAAAUAAGUCGGGAGGAUGCUGCUAAUCUGUUGGAGGAGGGUCGGGAUGAAGAUCUGUUGUUUACUGACUGACCCUGGGUUCAUCAUUCCAAUCUCCAUAGUUACAUGUACAUACAAAUAUACUAGUCUGAUACAUAUAUCUGCUGGCCCUAUAGUGCUAGCGUUAGGCAAACAUAGUCACAGGAAAGCUACACUUAAACAAGGGACACCCUACCAAACCAUUUAAGUCUGUAAACGGACAAUUUUUUCGUGAUCUGGCACAAAAAACUGCCAGAUCAAGGUUAUGCUAGGGCAUAGCGUCUGUCAUCAGCUUUUUCAAUGACUUCUCCAGAACCAUCAGGAUCUUAUAUUUUGCCUGUAGCUAGCUCUAAAUUUUUGUAUGCCUAUCAAAAUUUGUAUGGGAACUAGUAUUGUAUAGGAAGGGUCUGUCUGUCCACUCUUUGGUUUCUGCAAGAUUACUUGCUUUAAUAUCAAUCCAUUUUUAACUUAACGCAAAUGCUCAUGUCAUUGCCCUGUCAAAGUGGUACUUUUCUGCAUUCUUUGGAAAGUUAAUACAUUUUACAUGUCUUCUAGAUUGUCUCAAGUUUAGGGGAAACAUUUCAAAACUGUGUCGAAGAUAAACAGGUGAGCGAUACAGGCUCGAUGGGCCUCUUGUUGAGGGCUUCGCAUGGACUAUGUUGUGCAUUUAGAUAUGUUCAUUUCAAAUGUUAUUCAGAAAAUCAUAUAAGCAGUUAUGAUUAAAAUUUAGGUCAACAACUGUAUACCGGUAAAUUUUCGCUGCGGUUUAAUUUUUGCCUUUUUCGCCUUCCGUAAUGAGGGCGAAUUUAUCAUUACAUUAGGGAACAGCAUAAUGAAAUAUAAUUCUUUAUUUCUUUAACAAAGAUUGCAUACAGCCCAGAGGCUACUAGAACAGCAUUAUGUACAUACAUAGAAAUUAAAUGAGAAGACCAAAUUUAAUAUUGGGGAAAAUAUGGAUUUUAAUGUCAAAGGGCAAAAAAAAAUUCCCGUAUCCUUUUACUGUAUACCGGGGCAUUUUGUCCUUCACCAGUAAAAUCCAUAUUACCCAGUGUUAAUUUAGCCCCUUCACUUUCAAUUUCUAUGUAUAAUUUGUAUCAUUUACUAAUACUUGAUUCAAUGAUAAAUUUACCCCGAUUACUGAGGGUGAAAAAGGGAGCAAUUUAAACUGCGUAAAAAAAAUCCCAGUAUACAGAAUUUGGUUGUUUAUGUAAUUUUAUUUGUUAAUUUGAAGCAGUGAGUUGGGUUUGGUACUGUUCAGUUUACAUGGUGCGGCCAGUUGAUCUCAUUUGGGUACUGGCAUUUGCGAAAUCCAGAAAUGCUAAUUGGCGACAUCAGAGUGUUCUUUCAAUAUCUUGAGUGAGUCUCGGGUGAUAAAUUUUGUUAGAAAACCCAUCAAUAUUUUGCCUUUGAUAUGAUCUUUUUAAUGAAUAAAUAAAAUGAUGGUUCAGUAAUCAAUUUUGGGUACCUAGAUCUGUAACUUGGGAUUUCACAGAAAUUAUGAUAGUUUCUAUUUAUUUGCUCAAUGUGAUAACUGAUGGUGGUUGUAGAGGUUAAUAAUAGGUGAAAUAUUUAAAAUUUAAAAAAAUCUUACAUUUUAAGGCAUUUUUAAGUCUAUUCAGAUUUUGACCAAACCUGAUAGGACAGACCCUAUUAUGACCCUCCGACAAGAACCUAGUAGGAGUAUAGACUUUCAUGACCCAAAUACAGUGUUUUUUCUUGAUGAAGGAUUUGAAAAUCCAAGAUGGUUUACAUUCCCUGUGAUAUUAUCCAAGACAUUUUCCACAUUUAUAGUUGGCCCCUGAUUUUCCCACUUUUACUAUUGCAAAAAGUUGUAGGUAUAAUGCCAGGAGCCUGCUCGUUUAUGCGGAACAACCGGUUUGUCCCUUUUUAAAUGUAACAUUUUCGGGUAUAAAUCCUUGCAGACCUGCAAAAGUUUAUGCAGGCCUUGCAAGGCAAAACGAAUAUGACCCUGGUGUUGUUCAGAGGUAUGCAUUAUUUCCAUUUUUUGCCAUUUAAUUACUCUGUAAUCUGUCUGAACUGGACAUUCCUGGAACAAAAACAUUUGGCCGGUUUAUACAGGGUCUGAUUUAUACAGUGUAGGUGAUGUUGGUUAUCAACAUUUUAAAUAAGUAUGUUAUGGGGAAGUAUUGUAUGUUAAAAUAUGGCACUGAUGUUAGAAGUUCAGGAAUAUAAUCAAUUUUAAUAUUCAAUAAUUACGAUAAUUCACAUUUCAAAGAGAUUGUACAUUUUUGACGUCGGUGACUUUAAUCAAAUCGAUCCGAACAGAUUCUGAUAAGAUACAUGGUUGACAACCUAACAAGCAAUAUAUGUGAUCAGCUCUAAGACAAGACAAUAAUUUGCAUGGAUAUCCCACAGAUGAAAGGCUAGCUGGAAUGAGAAAUUGAACUAUUGUUGAAACGCUGGUUUAGAGAGUAGACUUGGUUGUCAUGCCAUAGUUAAGAGAGAAAAUGCCAGGACCAGACAUUAUAGCCAGUAAACAGGUGGGUUAAGCAGGGAUAGUUCAGACAGGUAAUAUUGUAUUUGCAAAAACAUUUGAAAAAGAACUGAAAGUCUGUUAGUGUUGAGAAAGUUAAAAAAAAAGAGGGGGGUGGGGUGAAAACCUUUUUUUUUUAAAUAUCCAUUAUAUGGUAAUCGCCUCCAAUAUAAGUAAAGGAGAUACAGUGCUACAGGAUAUAUUGAAUUGAUCGGGCAUCGAUACGUAGCAUUAUGUGGUAUAAUGGUUAUUACUAGGUAUUUAAUUUGUUGAAAUUUAUUUAUAGAUGCAUGGUAUGUAUGAAAUUUAAAUCGACACUAAUAUCAGUUUGGACGAUUGUUAUGUUAUUAUGUGAUAUUGUAUAAACAAGUAAAAAUAAAGUGGUAUUAGAUUGA